UCUCGAUUUGCACUUCCUUUGUGUUCCGCCAUGGCGCUUCCUUGUGGCAGACGAAUUUUUACAUUAGCCAGGGAUUCUUUAUUUAGCCACCCUGCCUUCUUACGGCCUCUUGCUGCUGUGUACUCUGACCGUGCCUCCUGCAGCACUGGCGUGGGUGGCGAGGCAGGGCAGGAGGGACAGAAGGGGCCACACACUCCCGAGGAUGCUGUGACCUUCGAUGCGGCAAAGUUGGAGGAGCUACUCAAGGAUGACAUGCCAGUGGAGAUGCCAAACCCUUACGAGAAGGAGAAGGUGCAGUGUCUCCUUUGUAAGUACAAUGUCAAGCUGAACUACAAGAAUGUCCGGCUCUUGUCUCAGUUUGUCUCCUACACGGGCAAGCUGUAUGGGAGGAACAUUACUCGGCUGUGCAAGAGAAGGCAGGAGGAGCUGUGGGCUGUAAUUUCACAGAGUAGGAAAGCUGGUUACAUGGCAGUGAUGUUAAAGAGUGUAGAGUUCCUGAAGGACCCGAAGCUGUUUGACCCCAACAAUCCCAUCAGGCCACACGACUUCUAGCCCCUCCAGUAUUCCACCCUCCUCCACCUCAGUACCAGGCCCUUGUCCCGUUCCAGUCUGAGGAUUCCGUUCCAUCUGGGUCCUGUUUCCAUAUCCUAUCAUUACUCUGUCCUAAAUUCCUGGUUCUCAUUUCUCUUUAUCCUAUCCUAGCUCUUUUAUUUGUCUUUAUCCUUAUCACCACUGUUUCCUAUCCUUUAUGUCACCACUGUUAAUUUUUUCCUAUCUUUUCUGUCAUCAUUGUCACUUCUUUCUUUCCUUUUUAUGUCACCACUCUCUAUUAUUCUUUCUAUCACCACUGUCUCUUAUUUCCUUUCCUUUCUGUCACCACUUUCUAUUUCCUAUUCUUUCUGUCACCACUGCCUCUUUCCUUUGCUUUCUAUGUCACCUCUCUCUAUUUCCCAUCCUUUCUGUCACCACUGUCUCUAUUUUCUUUUCUUUCUAUGUCACUUGUCUCUUUCCUAUUUUGUGUCACCAUUCACUUCUUCCUAUCCCCUUUCCCCUUUCUUCCCCUCCCUUGGGUUGUACAUAAGUGUUUUCUAUGCCAUAAAAACCCAAUUGUAUGUAGAAUCUGCUAUAAGAAUUUUCUAAUAAAAGGUUGAUAUACUG